AACAACUUGACCACCACAUCAAAAAGAAAUAUCUCUAUAUAUAUAUGACCACCAUUUACGUGUUUGCAAAAUCCUUAAAUCUUAUCAAAGAAAAAAAUGAAUUGGAAGUUGGUUUUGCUUACUGGUUGGAUUCUCCUCUCGUCUAUUGCAUCAAACCCAACUUUGGCUAAAGUAACUUAUCCAUCUCUCACGACAAGGAAAGGGAGGAUCGGAGAUAUACACAUCAGCAAAGGAAUGAAGAUUGGCUUUAGAGGCAGUUUUUCUAGAUCUGCACAUCAUGGAAACGAUCCACCAAAUCAUAAUUUCUAAUUAUAACAUGUGGAUUUUAUCGAUCUGUUCUAUAUAUAUCUUAACUUGUGAUUUCUGCAUAUUUGGUAAGUAGUUGUUUGAUUAUGAACGUACUAUAAUACUCUUUGAAUAAAUGAAAUGGAACUUCGAUAUAUAAUUACAUUA